AUGACCACAGUAGUCCUUUUAUUGAUAGUUCUUCAAUCAGUUAUGUCUUAAAACUUAUAUGAACUUUUGGAAAUAAACAAAGAAGCCAAUGAAGCUGAUGUCAAAAGGGCAUUCAGAAAAUUAUCGCUGAAAUACCAUCCAGAUAAAAAUCCAGGCAGCGAAGAGGCUGCAGAUAAGUUUAAACAGAUCAAUAGAGCUUAUGAAAUUCUAACUGAUAAAGAUAAGAGAUAGGUUUAUGAUCAAUAAGGUUUAGAAGGAUUAGAGAGACUAGAGAGAGGAGGAGAUAACAGACAAAAGGGACCUAAUGCUAAAGCUGAAGUUCAUGUAUCUCUCGAGGAUUUAUAUUUGGGUACUACAAGGGACAUGUCCAUUACCAGAAAUGUUUAUUGUCCUAAGUGUAGAGGAACAGGAGCUAAGGAUGGAAAGACAAAAUAAUGCCCAAAAUGUAAAGGACAGGGUAUUACUAUGCAGAAAGUUUAAGUUGGUUUUGGAAUGUAGAUGCAAAUGCAAGUUCAAUGUGAUCAAUGCGGCGGAAGAGGAUAAGUUAACCAAGCAAAUUGCGGUCAUUGUAGAGGUAGAAAGGUUGUCAAUGAUGUAAAAUCGCUAAAUAUUGUAAUUGAAAAAGGAAUGAAAGAUGGAGAUGAAAUCGUAUUCCAAAAGGAAGCAGAGUAAAUUCCAGAUAUGAUCCCAGGAGAUGUUAUUUUUACAGUUAAAUAGUCUUCUCAUAACAGAUUCAAGAGAGUUGGAGACAAUCUCUUUUAUGAUUUGAAAAUAAGUCUAGAGGAAGCACUUCUUGGAUUCAGCAAGAGAAUAACACACUUAGAUGGACAUCUUGUUGAAGUAAGCUCGAAGUCAGAUGAGGUGAUUCAACCAUUCAGUUGGAAAGUUAUCACUGGAGAGGGUAUGCCAAAGAGAAAUAUGUAUAGUGAAUUCGGAGAUUUACACGUCAAGAUGAUCAUUGAAUUCCCAAAGACAUUGAAUGAGAAAUAGAAGUAGCUUAUAGAUUAGAUAUUGCAAGCGUGA